UUAGAUUGUUUGCAAUUCCAUUAUGUUUACAUUCUGUUAAAUAAAAACAAACUUUAUGCCACAUGAAAUAAUGUUGUUAUAUAGAUUUUCAAAUUAUCAUUUCAGUUCAAAUGUCUUUAAAUAAAUGUUGGCAUCAUAUUAAUCGUAUAUGGACAAUUCGAUGUUGGCGAAUGAAACGUAUUGCUAUUUGUUCAUCGAUCAUUACGGUCAUCAUCAUAAUCAUUUAUUUGACAAUAAUGAUAUUUUUAUUAUCGCCUAGCAAAAAUAAAAACACAAUUUCGGACUAUCUGACAACGAUCGUCAACGAACAAGAAGCUAGUGUUGAUAAUGAAAUGAAUGAUGAUGGAUUUUCAUCUUUACGGCGUCAACAUCGAUUGAAAGAAUCGAAUUCAAAUCUCGAAGAUGAUGUACAAAUUAACCAGCCUUCAUUGAGCAUUGACCUAAAAAGUAAUAACCAAUCUUCUAAAAGCUCAAUAACAAAAGCCAAACAUUUAGCUAUUAGCAAUGGUGACAAGAGCAUGAUCAUUUCUGGAAUUAAAUGUCGCAAUUCUAUGCAGGGGAAACUUUUAAUUACUGAUGAUCGAGGCCGUGUUUGUCAACGUCAACAUAUAAACAUCAAUGGUUGUUGCAAUGAUCAACAUUUCGAAACAAAAAAAUUUGUCUGCGAUACUUGUCAGCCUAAUAGAUGUUGUGAAAUUUACGAACAUUGUGUAUCAUGUUGUAUGGCACCUGAAAAUCGCGAUCAUUUAAAUGAAAUGGUUAACGAAAUUACGAAUGCUGAUGAAAAAGAAAAGAAAAUGCGUAAAUCAUUGCAAAUAUUUCUUUCAUCCAUUAGCGAUUCGUUUGAAUUAUGUUUAAUAAAAUGUCGUACAUCAUCUGCCUCGGUUCGACAUGAGAAUACAUAUAAGAAUCCUCGAACAAAACAUUGUUAUUCAUUCAUGACUGUAGAGUUAUUAACACAACAACAAUAGCAGAAAUUUUAAUCAAUGUAAUCAAGUUAAACACAAAAUUCGGACAUAAGCAAUAAUGAGCAUCUCAACAAUUUAUAAUCAAAGUGUAAUACAAAAGGCUACAGCCUGGGUUUU